UGUGAGGUGAGGGACAUCAACAAAGACAAUUUGAGGCAUGUGGUUAACAUAGAACAGAGUGAGUGCACGUGCCUCGAGUGGCAGCACACGGGCAAACCGUGUGAACAUGCACUUGCUUUCUUGAUUGGAAAAAGGAACGUGAAGAUGGAAGAUUAUCUUCAUGAAUACUACUCUCUAGAAAGGUUUAGGGCAGCUUAUAGGGGGGUUGUUGAGCCUCUCACAGACCGGUCACAAUGGCCUAAUGUUAAAUUAGACUUUCUGUUACAUGCACCACUCCCCAAAAGUUCAGUAGGAAGAAAAAGGAAGUCAAGAUUGAAAAGUUGCCUUGAAAAGGGAGGGGGGAAUUAUAAAAAGAAACCACCACCAAAAGGUCAAUUAGGAAGCCAAAACAGGUGCAAGAAGUGUAAGCAAUUGGGACAUAGGCAAGCUGGUUGUCCGACUAAUGGAGUGAAGAAAAGGAACCCAAAAUCUAGAAAGAUAAAGCCAAACACCGAAAUUGAUGUUGAAUGUACAAUCCCAGGAGAUGUCCUGCAAGCCAGCCCUCGUCCUGUCACAAGGAGUCAAUCAUCUCUUCGUAGCCCUCUUGGAGGGAUGUCUCCAUUGGCUGUCCCACAAGACAGCCCUCGUCCUAGGACUAGGAGUCAAUCUUCUCUUGGUAGCCCUACUGGAGGUAUGUCAUCGUUGGCUGUCCCACACGCUAGCCCUCGCUCUAUGACGAGGAGUCAAUCUUCUCUUGGUAGCCCUAAUGGAGGGAUGUCGCCGUUGGUUGUCCCACACGCUAGCCCUCGCCCUAUGACGAGGAGUCAAUCAUCUCUUGGUAGCCCUCUUGGAGAGACAUCUUCAUCGCCUGUCAUACAAGGCAGCCCUGGUCCAAUCACAAGGAGGCAACUUUCUAUGGAAAUAGAGACUCCCACUUCUCCAUCAAAUGUUGGUGUGAGGCCCGCAAAGAAGCUUACGCCGAAGAGGAGAAAAAUAGUUUAGAAUGCCAUUUUGUGAUCAUGUAGUGUGUAGUAGUCAUCUUUAUGAAAUUGAUGCUACUUCUUCGUGUAGUCAAUGCUUUUGGACUGAAUUCACUGUUUCAGUGUCUCUGGGAUCUUGUCGUGUGCGUAGUCAGUAGACGACUCGCUUUAUGCUUCUGGAUGCAACUUCUGAGUCAAGUACUCACCUUAUGCUUUAAAUCUAAAACUCAUACA